CAACAGGCGACAAGAUAUUUGGCAAACCCCGCUGUCAAACAAGUACAAGUUGAGGGAGGAUGGACCGUGAAAUUAAGUUUUGUGCCCUUAAUUUGGCGGCAUUGUUUGCAUUCGCUUUAAUUUCGACGUUCGAUUCGGCCAGCGCUUCCGCAGACCGGACGAAAACGGUGGAAUUCAAUAUGAAACCCGGAGGAGUGGUACACACGUUCGCUGAAAAGAUCCGGGACUAUGAGUGCUCAUUCACUUAUGCUUCACAAGGGGGAACCAAUGAGCAAUGGCUUAUGAGUGUAGGCCUGAGCGAUGAUGACGGACUCUUCUCAUGCUCUGUGUGGAGGCCCCAGGGGAAGUCAUACCUGUUUUUCACUCAGUUUAAAGCUGAGCUGAAGGGAACCAAAAUUGAAUAUGCCAACGCAUACUCACAGACUGCGGUGGGAGGACAGAGUGAUGUAGCUUUGAAGCCGGAAGAAUUUGUCGUGGGAGACUCCACAGUGACUCACACAGAUGGAAAGUUCCGGGCUGAGCUCUCGAAGUUGACCAUGAUUGGCCGAACACGACAUGAUGAGUUGUGAUCGGUAUGAAGUCUGACGUGACUUUGGUCAUGUUGACUAAUCCGGAUGUUAGAACGAGCUUUGAUGCGGGUUCUCUCUACUUAGCCAAAGUAGUUAAUGAAGUUUUUAAAAUUGAAACAAAAAACAAGUUUUCUGGAAUGACAGCCGGAGAGGAGAAUGGGAUGCUACUUUACUGUUAUUGUCUUGGUGGCAUGUUUUUACAGAACACUGAUAAAUUUUUGAGGCGUUAUUGAAAGGGAUUUAGUCUAUAAAAUGACACUGAGCCUACUUUCAGUAAACAUUGCAAGGCAUCAUUUGUUUUGAAGUCGUUGAUGCAAGGACUGUACUAAAAAUAUACCGAUUUUACUGCACUGUCCUUGUAUAAAUUGUGCCGUAAGAUAAAAUGCCCCCAUGGCUGUUUCUGAAACUCAAAGCUUAGCAGGGGAACUCUGUUAUCUAUUUUGAUGCAUAGGGGCUAAAUCAAAAUAUGUUGGAUGUGAGGAUUGAUCUUUGAGGGCUUGUAGGGUAUAGAUUUACGUAUUUAGAGUCGGGAGGGAAUUCUUUCAUUUUAUGUUAAUCCUGAAGGGAGUGAGUAAUCUCCAGUGCCAUCAUCAUACACACAUGAACAAUUAGUUUUUUCCAAUCUCUUCUGUUUUCUGAGCCACGGAAUGAUUAAUACUCUGUCGAGUGGAUGGUACCAGUCUCGGUUUUCAUCAGUGUUUAUCUGCAUCUGUUCCAGUUAAGCUGUGAACCUCAUUCUUACCCCACAGUUACCGUUCACUACAGAUGGUGAUGCAGAUCUUGUCAGAACUGACAUUCAGGCUAAAUAGGGUAGCUCGAUAAUAUGGACAGGUUGGGAUAAAUGUUGGGAUGUAUUGGUCUGUAGCCAUCUGAGUCUCCUAACCUCUACAUAAAUCCUUAGCCCUCACCCAUCAAACCCACUGGAUUCAUGAUGAUCUUGGAUUGGUUAUCCGAAAUAUACCGUUAUUACAGCCCCAACUGCCCUCCCAUGCACCAGGUGGGAUUGCCUUUAUCUUCUUCUCACCAGUUCAAUCUUCUCAGAUCUACACAAGUGUCCAGAGCAUGAGUUCAGGGGAGGUUGAUUUCGGGAUUUGAGGAUUUCACUGAUUGUUUGCCACUGUGGUCGGAUUGUCUUUGGAGAGACGUACCGUUGUUUUUUGUGCGGGUCCGAAGUGUCUCAUCUGUCUAGAGACGAUCCUCGGCGUCGAGGAAAUGUUCAGAUGGAACAGAGACGCCCCUGCGUCACCCGUCAGGCUCCCUCUGGGGUCACAACAGGAAAUACCACAACCAGAUGCCGACUGGGGAUGGAAGGACACGCAAGACAGAUGAAUCGUUACUUACUAUUUUAUCUCAUCUUCCUGCUCCUUGUUUGUUCUGACUCACGAUGAUGUGUGAUAAAUGUUUCAAUAAAGACAUGUUGUCACUUGGC